GUAUAUAGUGAAUAAAUGAUCAUAAAUAAGAAGAGUAUUAGAAAUUUCAACAUAAUACUGUACUAGGAUUUCACAGAAGAAAAAAUAAAAAAAUGGUAGUGAAAGUGUAUGGUUCAGCAAUGGCUGCUUGUCCACAGAGGGUCAUGGUUUGCCUUAUAGAAUUGGGAGUCGAUUUUGAGCUUAUACAUAUCGAUCUUGAUUCUCUCCAGCAGAAAAAACCUGACUUUAUGCUUUUACAGCCAUUUGGUCAGGUUCCUGUGAUUGAAGAUGGUGAUUUCAGGCUUUUCGAAUCUAGAGCAAUAAUAAGGUACUAUGCAGCAAAAUAUGAAGGCAAGGAAAGGAAACUAACAGGAACCACAUUGGAAGAAAAAGCUCUAGUAGAUCAAUGGCUAGAAGUGGAAUCCAACAACUUUAAUGACUUGGUAUACAACAUGGUACUCCAACUCCUCGUAUUCCCUAAGAUGGGACACAACAGUGACUUGACCAUGGUACAAAAAUGUAUCAACAAGUUAGAAAAAGUGUUCGAUAUCUACGAACAAAGGUUGUCCAAGAGUAAAUACUUAGCAGGAGAUUUUUUCUCCUUAGCUGAUCUAAGCCAUCUCCCUAGCCUUAGGUUUUUGAUGAAUGAGGGUGGCUUUGCCCAUUUGGUGACUGAAAGGAAGUGUUUGCAUGAUUGGUAUAUGGACAUUUCAAGUAGGCCUGCUUGGAACAAAGUGUUGGACCUCAUGAAUAUGAAGAAAUCAGAGAUGUCACCCGGCCCAGCUAACGAAGAAGUAAAAGUUUAAGACAAAUUGCAACUCUACUACGCUUUUACGAGCGCACAGCAGGAUAAUGAUAUUAGUUUGGAAUUGAAGAAUUCAGGAUAAUGUUAUUAGUAUUGCAUAUUUCAACUUUAAGUUUAAGUUCUCCGCACAUUGACUAUGUAUUUAAAUUAUUUUAGUACCA